AUGUGCUCAGGGAUCUGCCCCGCCUGUGGUGUAGGUGGAAGACGAGGACCAAGAGGCAUGGGGCCGGGGCUGGCCAGUCGGCCGGAACUGGCGCUGCGUCCUCUGCUUCAGCUGUGCCUGAAGCUGCACCAGCCCUGCCCCCCCUCCCGCCUCCCCCUGCUCCGGGCUGCAGGAAACCCUCCUCCACCCCCACCCCCACCAGCAAUGAGGGUCAUAGGUGAGGCUGUGGUGUGAGUGAGGAUGCAGCUCCUGCUGCUCCAGCUGCAGGUGUUUCUCUUCCUGGGUGGAUGUUUCUCGACUCUACACUCUCAAAGCCAAGGUCCCCCAGAAGUAACGAUUCCCUUGAAGAUCACAGACCCUAACAGUGGCACCAAGCCUUCAGACUGGAUCUCUUACAGCCUGAAGUUUGAGGGUCAGAGACACAUUGUUCGUAUGAAGGUCAUCAAGCACCUGCUGGCUAGGCACAUGCCAGUGUUCACUUACACAGACCAGGGAGCUCUCCGUGAGGACUAUCCUUUCAUCCAGGAUAACUGCUACUAUUAUGGCUAUAUGGAUGGGGACCCAGAGUCCCAGGUUUCCCUACAUACCUGUUUUGGGGGACUCGAUGGACUUUUAUACAAAGACAACACAGUUUAUAAAGUGGAGCCCAAGCUAAAUUCAACUACAUUUCAACAUCUGGUAUAUAAGCUGGUCAAUGAGGAGAAAGAAUUCCCAGCUAGGAGAUGUGGAUUAACAGACAAGGAAUACCAAUGCCUGUUCAAGAGUACAAAUGUUGAUCAAUUACACACAUCAAAGCAGAGUGGGAUUGUGGGUUGGUGGAACCACAGGCGAUAUUUUCAAGUAGCAAUGUCAGCUAAUCAUGAUUUCUAUACUGAGCAACGUUCUAAUGUCCAAACAAUACAGAGAUUAUUUACGUCAAUGAUAAGUAUAGUACAUACCAAUUUUUUGCAACUUGACUUAUAUGUGACUUUAGUGGGAAUUGACAUCUGGACUGACAGAAAUCAUGUGAAUUUUACUGAUAGCCUCCAAUACUUGACAGAUUUCUGUACACAUUCAGAAAAAACUGUCAAUCUACGCAUGCCAUACGAUGCAAUAAAUUUAAUUGCUAAAGAAGAUCAUUUUAGUGCAUCAUACCAUAUUUAUAUAAAAGUAGCGUGUUUUGAUAGAUACAAAUGUGGUGUUCUUCAACGCAAAACUAAUGAUGUUCCUCAUGCUGGAACGAUACUGUCACAAGUGAUUGGUCAUCAGGUAGGUAUGUCUUAUGAUGAAGGUAAUUGUGUAUGUGGGGAACCAAAAUGCAUUAUGACUAAUGGGACCUACAUAACACAUCGUUUCAGCAACUGCAGCAUUGCUUCCUAUUUUAACUACAAGGCAAAUUGCUUACUUAAUGUUCCAAAGGAAAUCAGAGACGAGCACUGUGGGAAUGGUGUGCUUGAAGGAGGAGAAGCUUGUGAUUGUGGCACCAUUGAUUCUUGUGCAGCAGAUCCAUGCUGUGAGACUGACUGCACACUGGCACCUGGGGCUAACUGUGCUGGAGGCCUUUGUUGCCAGAACUGUAGAAUUUUGCCAAGAGGAACCCUGUGUAGAAGAAAGGAAAAUGAAUGUGACCUUCCUGAGUGGUGUAAUGGGACAACAUCUCAGUGUCCAGAUGAUGUGUAUGUACAGAGUGGGAUUUCCUGCGAGGGUGGUGGAUACUGUCAUGAGAAGAGAUGCAACAAGCGUGAAGACAAGUGUAAAAGACUCUUUGGUGACCAGGCUAAGAGGGCAGGUCUCAAAUGUCAUUUAGAUGUCAAUACUCGGGGUGAUCGGUUCGGUAACUGUGGUUUCGACGCCGAAUCAUAUACAGCGUGUCUUCUAAGGGAUUCUCUGUGUGGAAGGCUUCAGUGUGAGAAUGUGAAAAGAAUUCCCAAUCUUCCAUCUCAUACUACCUUGAUUUCAACGAACAUAAGUGGCACCAAUUGCUGGGGGAUUGACUACCAUCUGGGGGCAAACAUAUCUAAUACAGGUGAAGUAGAAGAUGGAACUGAAUGUGGUGAGCACCAUAUUUGUGUUAAACGACAAUGUCUCCCUAUAUCAUAUUUCACAGAACGUUGCUCACCUGAGAAAUGCAGAAUGCGCGGAAUCUGCAACAAUAGACAUCACUGCCACUGCAACCCUCCUUGGCGCCCACCCUAUUGCUAUGUCCAAGGUGCGGGAGGUAGCCUGGACAGUGGCCCUCCAAAUGCAAGUGAUUUCUAUGAAUCUGAAGAGUUUUCAACUGACAGAGUUUUGGGAGCUGAAUAUAAACAUGAACACAUUCAUUUUUCUCUUCUGCUACGGCGUUUCAUUGUGUUUCUGGCGAUUUUCCUUGUUAUUGUGCUCAGAGCAAACAUCUAA